AUGUCUCAGGGAACUGUCAAGGCAUGCCUGUCGGGAGACACGGUUCUCCUCAUCGGUCGAGCCGGCACCCAUGGACCUCCCCCCGAGAUGCAGCUCUCGCUGGCCUCCCUCUCGGCCCCGAAGCUAGGCCGCGCCCCAGGCAUCGCCGAUGAACAGUUCGCCUGGGACAGCCGCGAGUUCUUGCGCAAGAAAUGCAUCGGCAAGCAGGUGACCUUCAAGGUCGAGUUCCAGGCGGGAGCCAGCGGGCGCAGCUUCGGCUGGGUUAAGCUCGACGGCGAGAGCCUGGCCGUGGCCGUGGCGGCGGCGGGGUGGGCCAGGGUUAAGGACCAGGGCACUUCCAGCAAGAGCUCCGAGCUCGAAGAGCUGGUGGAGUUAGGAAAAACUGCCGAAGCGAACAAGCUGGGCAUCUUCACUGACGACAGUGCCAAGCAGGAGGCGGGGAGCCGCGAGGUGAAGUGGACCGACGUGGACGGGGUGGCGAUCCUGGCGGCGCACAAGGGGGUGCCCGUGAAGGCGACCAUCGAGCACCUCAGGGAUGGCUCCAGCUACAGAGCGCUGCUUCACGACUCGUGGACCAUGAUCUCCUUCAGCCUCGCCGGCGUCGCGUGUCCGAGGAUGAACGCGCCGGCGCGCCGCCCCCCGCCCGCGGCUAACGCGGCCGCCGCCGCCGCCUCCGCCGCUGCCGGUAAGACAGCAGGCAUGUCGGCCGCUUCGAUCGUCGCCGGCGGCGGCGGCGGGGGAGUGGGGGCGUCGAAUGGGCACGCCGCCGCCGCGAACGGAAGCAACGGGGCGGCGACCCCGCCGCCCCCGCCGCCUCAGCCGGAGCCGCACGCCGCGGAGGCGAAGUUUUUCUCGGAGGUGCGACUGCUGCACCGCGAGGUGAACCUCCUUCUGCAAGGGGUGGACAAGCAGGGCAGCCUGUACGGCGCCGUGCUCCACCCCAAGGGGGACGUGCGCCACGAGCUGCUCAAGCAGGGGCUCGCGCGGAUGGUGGACUGGAGCCUCGUGUACGUGUCCCGCUCGGACGCCCUCGCCAUGCGGCAGGCCGAGAAUGAGGGCAAGCGAGCGCGGCUGCGGCUAUGGCGGGAGUGGGCCCCGCCCCAGAUCGACGGCGACGCGGACUACGCCGGCGUCGUGGUGGAGGUGCACAGCGGCGACCAGAUGAGCGUGACUGUGCCCGGGGGCCCCGUGGGUCAGGAGAGGCGGCUGGCCCUGAGCUCGAUCCGCGCCCCGCGGAUGGGGAACCCCAGGCGCGGGGUCGAGGACGAGCCGUGGGCCGUCGAGUCUAAGGAGGCCCUGCGGAAGCUCGCCAUCGGGAAGCAGGUCAAGGUGGUGGUGGACUACCAGAGGGACAUCCCGCAGACCACGAGCGGGGAGGCACCCGUGAAGCGCGCGUUCGCGACGGUGAGCGUCGGGAGCAACGCCAAGUCGCUGCAGGAGGUGAUGGUGGAGACGGGCAUGGCCGGCGUCGCGCGGCUGCGGCAGGACGACCCGAGGACGGAGCACUACGACGCCAUCGUGGCGGCGGAGGCGAACGCCAAGGCCGGCAAGAAGGGGAUGCACUCCGGAGCCGCCCCGCGAGCUCACCGCCUGACCGACCUGUGCGGGGACUCCAAGAAGGCAAAGACCUACGUCAACUUCCUCGUGCGUCAGGGCAACGUCAAGGCCAUCGUGGAGCACGUGUUUGGGGGCAGCCGUUUCAAGGUGUUCGUGCCGAAGGAGAACUGCGCCUUCAUGUUCGCCAUGACGGAAGUGCGGUGCCCGCAGCCGCCGAGAGCCGGCGACAACAGGGGAGGCGGACGCCCCGGAGACCCGUUCGGGCGCGAGGCGCUGGCCUUCAGCCGCGAGAAGCUCAUGCAGAGGAACGUCGAGCUCCGCGUGACGGACAUGGACAAGAACGGGGUCGCCCUCGGUUUCCUGUUCUGCGGGACGGGGUCGCAGCGGCGGAACUUCGCCGCCGACAUCCUCGAGGCGGGGCUCGGCAAACUGGAUGCGCACGCCCUGGAGAGGACCGGCGGCGGCGCUCAGUCGCUGCUGAACGCCCAGGCGGCCGGGAAGGCCGCAAAGGCCGGGGUGUGGUCGAUCGAGCCCACCGAGGCGGAGAUGAAGGACAAAGAGUUCGUGGUGUCUGAGGAACUGAACAAGUACCGUCUUUGCGAGAUCGCGGACGGGGGCCACUUCUUCGUGCACGACGCCGAGGGCGGAGACCUCGCCCUCAUCGAGGCCAAGCUCAAGGAGCUCAAGGACAAGGUCGGUACUUCGGGCGCGACCAUGGAGCCCCGGCGGGGCACCCUGUGCGCUGCUCUCUUCGACGACGGCAACGGUCCGGCCUGGUACCGCGCCAAGGUGCUCGGCUCCACCCCCGUGGGCAUGAGGGUGUUGUACGUGGACCACGGCAACACGGCCACCGUCAAGUCCUCCAGCCUCCGGCCGCUCGACUCGUCCUACUUCGCCUUCCGGCCCCAGGCCAGAGAGUGCGUGAUGGCGUUCAUGCGUGUGCCCUCCCUGGAGGAAGAGUUCGGGCGCGACGCUGCCAUGGGCCUCAACGCUCUCGGAUGGGGCAAGGAACUCCUUGGCCGCGCCCUGGGGAGGGAUGCGGAUGGCCGGCUGAUGAUGGCGCUGUACGAGUCGGAGGACUCUGAAAGCUUGAACGAGACGCUUGUGGCCCAGGGAGUGGCCCGCAUCGCCAGCAACGCGGACAAGCUUGCCACGUCACAGCUUGCCAAGGAGAUGAUCGCCCGGCUGAGGGAGUCGCAGGAGCUGGCGCACAAGAGCAGGGCCAACAUGUGGCGCUACGGAGACUGCCAGUCCGACGACGAGGACGACUUCUAGAUUCGUGUGGAGUACAAUAUUCAUGGAAGGCGUGGGCGUUUCAUGAAUGAAUGUGUUUUUUUGUUCAAUGCUUCCGGUAACAUCAGCAGCAAAAUGGCAAUAUAUGACGUGAAAUUGGUUUAGAGACUACCCGCCGCUGGGCCAUAUGUUCUGCGGCGGGAGUGUCAUGCCAUGGGCGGCAGGAUCAGCGAACGGCACGUUGGUUGUAGAUGCGCUGUGCCAAAAGGGGUCGGGAAUAAUCUCACCAAAUGUGAUUUGUUUGUUUCUUGUUGGUUCUCUUCGAGCUUUUGUGGGGUUGAGGCAGUAGUAGGGCGCUUGGCAAUGGCAAGUCGUAUGAUGCCACGCGCGGUGGGGUUAAGUGGGUGGGUGUGUGUGGCGAGAGGGGUGAUGCGCCGAGCCAAUGCAUCUCUCGUCGUCUCUUUGCUCGGGCGCUUCGAAUCGGGGUCCAGUGGGCGAUGUGUGUUCUCCCUCUACGCACGUGUGCGCCCACGAACGAUUGCUGCACCGUUUUUCCUUCUUUAUCUUUUAUGCUAACAACGUGACCCCAUAUAAGGAGUCACGCACUGAUAAAGCAGACAAUGAUAGAGAGGGGGGUCGUCGCCGUUGCCAAGGCUAGAUAGGUAGGUAGAUUUGUCGCAGUCAGUGCGCCGGUGACGGCGGGGAUACAGAUGGAAGAGUUGCAUCGCUAGAAUACAUAGACUACGUAGCUUUUUUCCAUCGCAAAUAUGUGCGGCAAAGCUGUCGCCGCAUGUCGGGUCAUGAGACGACCAUGAGGAGGAGGGGGAUUUUGGGUGCCCAGACUGUCGUUGGCUGGCACAUGGCGCACAUCAUUUUUCAUGCCGUUAUUCGGUGUUUGCUACUGCGAACACCCUGCAGGCCGGUGUGUGCGGUGAGAGGCCGAGUGCUGGCUUCUUAAAUCUUUCGGCGGUAUCUACAUAGGACAGUGCCGUUCGUUCGGUCAUGGAGCAAGGGGAUUGUUGUCUGGAUCGACAACAAAAUACUGAAGUCUGUCUGUUUGCCAGUGAGAAUCGGGUGGAGAUGGCCGGCGGACCACACGGGACGUCUGCUAUUUAAGUACGCAGAUUUGGUGUUUUUUUGAGUGAGUUGAGCCGCUUGUUGUCUCUUCUGUUUAGCCGCGCGCGGCAUGCGCGUUAGGCAGAACACGUUUGCUCUCGUUUCGUGCAGAGACAGGUGUCUUCAUGAUGGAGCGAGCACAGGAUUCCGUGUUUGUAGCGCCG